AUGGGCAGUUGCUUCAGCUGCUUUCGAGGCAGCAGAGAAGCGCGGCCUAUGAAAGCUGCUGCUUCCGCGCAACAGAGCGACGGCGCGCCCUUGUUGUCAUACACGCCGUCCUCCGUUGCGGACCACCGCGCAUACCAAUCCGCGCCUCUCCUCCGCCCGCGGAGCCUCCACCCUUCCGAAGUCGUCCCCAUCCACUUGAACCCGCCCCCGCCGCCUGCUCGAUCCCCGCCAGCGGCGGAAGAACUAUCGCGCGGAGAGUCAUCGAGUCCCCACGACCCUUCGAGUUCCGCCGCAGCAGCCGCUGCCUACGACAAUUCGGGCUACAACCCCCAAGCCUACCGCGACUCGGACUCGUCGAGUCUUUCCGCCGCCGCCGCGGCCGCGCAACAGCCGCCGCCGCCGCCGCCGCCAGCGCUUCUCCCCGCCAGUUCCUCCGCCGAGUCCUCCCUCCCCGCGCAAAUUUCCGCCAUGAGUUCCGCGCGCGACUCCGCCUCCGCGCGGCCGUCCGCCGGACUCCCUCCGCUCCGCGAGUUCAGCUACGCGGACCUGCACGCGGCGACGGGGGGAUUUGCGCCUGAGAACGUCUUAGGGAAGGGGGGGUUCGGAAAGGUAUACCGCGGGCGGAUGGUGCUGCCUGCUGCGGACGGCGGCACGAUGCGAGAACGUGACGUGGCAGUCAAAGUGAUGACUGGACAACGAAUCACCGAGCAAGACAUGAGGUGCUUCAUGGCUGAGGUGAAAGCCAUGUCAGUUGUGAAUCAUCCCAACAUUCUACGGCUGGAAGGCGUGGGGCUUGACGCAGAAGAGAGGCCGAUUCUCGUGUAUGAGCUGAUCCCUAAAGGCGACGUCAAGAAUUUUCUCACAAGAGCACGGUUUCCAUGGAGGUAUCGUGUGAAGGUGGCGCUGGGGUGUGCUGAGGCGCUAGCAGCCAUUCACGAAAAGAGGCUCAUUCACCGUGAUUUCAAGUCGUCAAACGUGCUUCUGCGAGAGGAUUUCACUGCGGUGGUGGCUGACUUUGGUUUGGCGCUCACCAUCGAGGACUGGAGAACACACGUGUCAACAGCAGUGGUUGGCUCGGUAGGCUACAUCGACCCAAACUAUUGGCAGACUGGCCAAAUAUGCCAGUUAGCUGACACAUACGCGUUUGGUGUGUUCCUUUUGGAGUUGAUUUUUGGUUGUACACCCCUCGAAAAAAGGUUUCAACGGCAGAGGAAGGAGAUGAACCACACCAAGUUUGACCCUUCUUGGGUAGACCCUGCUAUAGAGGGGGAGUGGGACCCGGUGCAUGGCGAGCAAUUCAUUAUCAUGGCUCGCUACGCCACAAAUCCAGUCGUGAAUCGCCGGCGCACAGUGGGCCAGCUGAAGCAAGAGGUAUGCACAGCAGCUUGUUUUCCGGCCAACAGGGCAUCGCACACCCUGCGGCUGAAUUCCAAAAAACGCGUCGCUCACGCCGCCUCCGGUUCCCGUGUAACUAGCGAGGCUGAGAAGGAUAGCGCGGAUGCGGGCGAUUGUGUUUCCUCGAAGUGCGCUAUCGAAGACGAUAAUAGGGGGGAUGGAAACGAUGACGAUGAGGUCGACGACUACGCAGCAUCCGAGAAUCUUCCGAUAUCGCUCGUCAUAGCGGCUUUAUUUCUAGACACUAAAGGACAGUCGAGAGCGUUGAUCAAGAGGCUGUGUUCAUUUGACUCCGAUUUUCUCCACAGAAAGCUUCGAACUUUGCCCGGCGUCACUCACACCGCGGCGUUCGUCAAAAAAGGGAUCUCCUGGCUACAGACGCAUCUUUACGUACCUGUAAUGAGUCACGCGGAUGCUUAUAACGGGCAUUCUUUUAGCGCGGAUACUAUCGCCAAGGGCGAUUGCUGCCGAAAGGCGCCGUGCGGGUCGUGCUGCGUAACGAUGCCGAAGGAUUUGCAUGAGCACGGAAACGCCGACUACUAUGUGCCGAACCGCACCCGAUCCAGCAAGCAGAUGCUACCGCUCGUCGGCUUUGGAGCCGUCGCGAUCCUCGUGCUGCUCGUCCGCGGCGGGUUACCGGCUCGAAUUCCAUUCCACCGAGGCAUUUUCCCUUCCCCAAAGCUACCCACGGGUGCUACGGCAUCCGUCUAUCAAUCAACGACUGCCGCGUGGCUGGACCUCACCGCCCUGUUCUUCCUGUUUUUCGGGACCGCCGCUUUGACGCGAUUCGCCAUUAUCCACCUGAUUCGGCGGCAUCCGCAUUUGAGCCUUCCCCUCGCGGCGCUGCUUUCCGCCGCCGGCGGCGGGCGGGGAUCCGCGGGAAGGAGCGGGUGCGCAUCGGGGGGAUCCGCGUUUAUGCGCGACCUUUGCGGAAACGCCGCCAAGAUGGGGCUCGGCGGAGGGCUUUGGCGCGCGGCGUGGUGGCAGGCGCAGCUUUCGCCUUCCCCGCGCGGGAGGCGCAGCUCCGCGCAGCUGGCGGAGAGAUUUUCCGCCACCAGCGGCACCAGCAAAGGCCUGUCAAAGUCUGGAGAUGCUGUAGACGACGCGUUAUGUCUUACUGUGAGGCGGUACACUAACGGGGAUAGAUACGAAGGCGAGACGCGUGACGGGGUAGCCUCCGGAAGCGGCGUGUACUAUUUCGACGAAGCUGCGGGAAAAUACGAAGGCGAAUGGGCGGACGGAAAAUACAGCGGGUUAGGUGUAGAAUCGUGGGAGAGCGGGAGCGUGUACCGAGGCGAGUACAAACGCGGAUACCGCGAGGGGCGGGGGCUGUACCAGUUCCACACGGGGGACGCGUACGCGGGCGCGUGGGCGCGCGGGCAGAGCCACGGCGCGGGGCUGCAGAUGUGCGCGGAUGGGAGCACGUACGCGGGGCAGUUCUCGUACGGGCUGAAGCACGGCUUUGGGAUCUACACCUUCAGAAAUGGCGACACCUACGCAGGGGAGUAUUUUCAAGACGCCAUGCACGGGUACGGGGUGUACACAUUCAGCAACGGGCAGAGCUACGAGGGCGCGUGGCACGACGGGUGCAAGCAGGGGCUGGGCCGAUACACCUUCCGCAGCGGGGACUCACUCAUGGGCCACUGGCACCUGGGAGCGCUGCUCACACGCUGUUGCGAUACUAGUACUACAUCUGCUACCCCCUCUACCACCACUACUGCUGUUGCCCGUUCGGUUCCAUUAGUUCCUUCUGCCGCCUCUGCUGGCUCUGCUGGCUCUUCUGAGUCUGAAUUUGAUGCGGUUUCUGACUCCGUUUUCGACUGCGGCAGCUGGGAUGCGUCCUCAAGCCCAUCUUCACCCUCAGCCUUUUCGUCAGCGGUAUCAUCACCAUCAGCAGCAGCAGCAAUGUCACCACCAGCAGCAGCAAUGGCAUCACCAUCAGCGCUGGCAUCCCCGUGUGGAACCACAGCGGGCCAGUCUCCAGUCAAUGGGCGCCCUUUGGUGGACCCUGCUAAAGUUCUAGUAGCUGUUGAGGCUGCGAGGAGGGCGAAAAAGAGAGCAGAAGCACUGUCAGGUUCAGAUGAGAGUUUGUCCAAAGUGGUGGCUGCAGCCAAUCAGGCGGCUGCUACUGCUAGGGAAGUAGCGGCGGAAGCAAGGGCCUUGGGGCCUCAGCCUGAAACCAAGAGUGACCUGCAAAGCAGGCCCAAAUUCAUUUUGUAA